AUGUUAGUCGAUAGGGAUAAGUUCCGGUUCGCGUACGAGGAACUCAAGGCGGAUGGACGCGCGUGCCCCGUGCACGUCUACGUCUCCACCGCGGACGUCGACUCGUGCUGCGCGUUCAGAAUCUUGAAGACGAUGAUGGCGUCCGACGGGAUUCCGUUCGCGGCGUACCCGGUGAGCGGGUACCAGGAGCUUCAGAACCUCGGGGAGAAGCUCCCGAAGGACGGGCAGAACCGAAGCAUCGUGCUCAUCAACUGCGGCGGGACGGAGAACGUCCGCGAGCUCCUCGGCCUCCCCGAGGGCACGCGCGUGUUCGUGUUCGACUCGCACCGCCCGCUGGACCUCGAAAACACGCGCGGGGACAACAGGGACGUCCUCGUGCUGCGAGACGAACGCGAGGGCGAGGAGACCUUCCCGGAGCCAGACUCGGAUUACGGCGACAGCUCGGACGGCUCCGACAGCGAUGAGAGCGACUCCGAGGACGACGAUUCCGACUCCGAGGACGACGACGAGGAGGAGGAUGCGGACGAAGAGAACGAGUCCGGGGACGAGAACGCGGGCGCGGGGAGGGAGAACGAGCGCGCCGGAGCCGCCGCCGCGGCGGGGAAGGAAGACGAACGUCGCGAGGGAAAAAAGUCAUCAAAGUCGGCGAAACGCAAGAGGAGAGAGGACGCGCGCGCGGCUCGACGCGCCGGGCGCGCGUCCCCGCGAACGCGCCGCCUUCGACGACAACAGAAGCAGCUCGAGAGGGUCGCGUACUACUCCCGCGGGUCGUUUUACGGCCGCGCCGCGGGGCUCUUGAUGUACGACAUCGCGCACGACACGCACAAGGACGCGUUGGAUAAGCACUUCCCGCUGUGGCUCGCGAUCGUAUCGCUCACGGAUCAGUACGUGCAUCAACGGCUAUCGCACGAGAGUUACACCGCCGGCGUCAUGGAGCUCGCGACGCAGGUGAGCAACCUCCCGAACGCGGACGCGCCGACGAGCCGCGUCCUCGAUGAGGGCGUCGUCGUCCGCGCGUUUGAAGACCGCCGCGUGCAGUACAGCGAGGAAUUCACGAUGCUGCGGCACUGGUCGCUGUACGAGGCGAUGAUGCACUCGUCGUACGUCUCCACGCGCAUGCAGCUGUGGCGGGAGAUUGGCCGCAAGGGUCUGGACUCUCUGUUCGUCCACGCCGGGCUGCCGUUGGACGUGUGCAAGCAGCAGUACAAACACAUGGCGCCGCAGCACGUUAAACGUCUCAACGAAAAGCUCGAAGAACACGCGAGGGAUCACGGGCUGACGGACUUGAAGUACUGGUCGUUCUCGUUCUCGCACGGGUUCAAGGUGAACAUCACCGCGAGCGACGUCGUGUUCGCGGUGACGUCUCUUCUCGAAGGUCUGCCGAGCGCCACCGGCGCGGACGACGACGCGGAGGGCGACGACGGCGUCGGCGGCGGCGGCGGCGGCGCCGCGUUUUGGCGCGCCACGCGCGCGCUCGGGAUGUCGCAGUGGGACGAGAUGUCCGCGGGGUUGAACCGCGCGAUGCAGACGCAGCGAGCGCUGAUGCGACAGGGCGGCCUCGCGAUGGCGAACAAGGCGGCGAUUCGAACCGUGGGCGGGAUCCGGUACUUCUCGCUGCUCGACCACGGAUCCCCCGCGGACGUCGUGUUUUUCAGACACCCGCUGUCGCUCCUGCGACUGGCGCUGUACCUCCAGGACGCGCUGCGGCUCGUGAAGAAGAUCGAGCGGCCGCUCGUGCUGUCUGGUCCGUCCCCGGACGGAGACAAAGGCCUCGCGCUCGUCGUCGGCGUGACGGGGAAGCCGACGACGGACGACGUCGGCGGAGGGAAUCACUUCGCGCACUCUUUCCGGAGGGCGGCGGAGCACGUGCGCGCGCGGUUCAAGCACGAUUCGUUCGAGGCGAGCGUGCUUCAGGUGGCGGAGAAGGACCUCGGGGAGUUCAUGGAGGCGUUGUCGGACAUCGACGCGGAGAGGGUCGCGCGGGAGCGGAUGCAAGCGACGCAGUGA